AUGGCUGCUGCAGCGGCUUAUCUUGGGGAGCCUGUGGAGGCGCCACCGGCAGAUGGCAUUUCACGUGUCAUAUUUAGCCAAACGAGUGACUUGUUGCUUGCAUCAUCAUGGGACAAGAGUCUACACUUGUACGACGCAGUCACGCGUCGUCCUCGGGCGUCGUACUCGCACCACGCACCCUUGCUGGACUGCUGCUUCGAAUCUGAUAACGCUGUCUAUGUGGCAGGCCUAGAUGGACAAGUCAAGCGGUUUGACGUCCAGACCUCCAGUGGGACGGUGCUCGGAACUCACGCAAAGGCGGUCCAAUCAGUCAUCUUCCUGCACGGGCCAGGCUUGCUGGUGAGCGGCAGUUGGGACCAGGGGAUGCGCUUGUGGGACCCACGGAUUGCUCCCAGCCAGAACUGCGUGUCUUCAGUGGCGCUGCCUGGCAAGGUCUACGCGAUGUCGGCGGGGAGGGAGCGGCUGGUGGUGGGUACCUCGGGGAGGCACGUGCUCAUCUACGACAUACGCAGGUUGGCUGGUGGCCAGGGCCCCGAGGCUCUUGAGCAGCACCGCGAGUCGUCGCUCAAGUUCCAGACCCGUUCGCUUGCGGUGUACACGGACGGGCGGGGAUAUGCCCUGGGUUCGGUGGAGGGCCGGGUGGCCAUGGAGUUCUUCGAUGCAGCGGAUGCGCAGGCCAAUAAGUACGCGUUUAAGUGUCACCGGCGGAACGAAGGCGGCAAGGACACCGUGUACCCCGUGCACUCCAUUGCCUUCCACUCCGGGUACGGCACCUUCGCUACCGGCGGUGGCGAUGGCGUCAUCUGCAUUUGGGACGGUGAAAACAAGAAGCGCCUCUUCCAGACGGCCCGCUAUCCAACCUCGGUAGCCUCCAUGUCCUUCUCGCGGACCGGCGAGAUGCUCGCGGUGGCGGCGUCCUACGCGUACGAACAGGGCGAGCGCGACCACCCUCCGGACGCAAUUUACUUGCGGGCGGUGCAGGACGUGGAGGUUCGGCCUAAGGCACGGAAGCCGCCGGCAGCAUCGUGA